UGACACACUCCCUUUUCAUAUUGCCUGGCUUAUUCAUAGGGCCCUGCCUGGGCCCCUGCUCCCAAAAAGGAAGGGGUCUACACCCACCCACCCAGCUGCGACCCUGGACGACAACACCCCCGGUUGCAAUUGCUUCAGUGCACACCGGUGAAGCCUGUAGCUGCUGACUGGAACCAUCUUUGCAUUGAACCAGACUGAAGCAGGCAGAGAAGGGGGGGGAGAGAGUUAAACGAAGCACUCCGGGCUGCAUCCUGCAAGCUCGCUUCCUCCUUUGCCAGUCAAAGGCAGUGACGCUGCAGGGAGGAAUUGGCCAAAUUGGUCCGUUCCCUUCCAGACAGACCAAUUUCCAGGGAGAAGAGCGAGCUGGAGAAGGAGCCCCGGGGGCGGGGGGCAACACGCGCCUGUAGUAGUCCAGCCCGCUGCUCCCGCCGCGUUCCUUCAAGCGGGGCGUAGCUGCAUAGGCCGUGAUGCCUUUCCGGAAAGUUAUUUCUGAUGUAGAAGGUGCUCAGUUGAAGGUGUUCUGAAAGGAAAGCCAGAGGGCAGACCUAAAAUGGCUGGAUGUGUGUCCUUCCAUGACUCUUUCUCUUGCAGCAAAGCAUGUGGUCCACAGCUUACCAAUUCCCCCACUGUGAUAGUUAUGGUUGGCCUCCCAGCUCGCGGGAAAACCUACAUUUCCAAGAAGCUGACCCGUUACCUCAACUGGAUUGGCGUCCCAACAAAAGUGUUUAAUGUUGGGGAGUAUCGCCGGGAAGCCGUGAAACAUUACAGCUCUUAUGACUUCUUCCGUCCCGAUAACGAAGAGGCUAUGAAAGUCCGCAGGCAAUGUGCCUUAGCUGCCUUGAGAGAUGUCAAAUCGUACUUGUCUGAGGAAGGUGGCCAGAUUGCGGUUUUUGAUGCUACAAACACCACCCGCGACAGAAGAUCAAUGAUCUUGCAUUUUGCCAAAGAACAUGGAUUCAAAGUAUUCUUCAUCGAAUCCGUCUGCAAUGACCCAUCAGUUGUUGCUACCAACAUUAUGGAAGUCAAGUUGUCCAGCCCUGAUUAUAAGGACUGCAACUCGGCAGAUGCUGUGGAAGAUUUCAUGAAGAGAAUCGGCUGUUACCAAUCUAGCUACCAGCCUCUUGACCCAGAUGACUGUGACAGAGACCUUUCGCUUAUCAAAGUGAUCGACGUUGGCCGAAGGUACCUGGUGAACAAGGUCCAAGACCACAUCCAGAGUCGCAUCGUCUACUACCUGAUGAACAUCCACGUUCAGCCCCGCACCAUCUACUUGUGCCGGCAUGGCGAGAGCGAGUCGAAUCUCAAAGGGAAGAUUGGAGGAGACUCAGGUCUCUCCUGGAGGGGCAAGAAGUUUUCCAGUGCGCUCAGCCAUUUUGUCCAGGAACAGAACCUGAAAGAUCUCAAAGUUUGGACCAGCCAGCUGAAGAGAACCAUCCAGACUGCAGAAGCCCUUGACAUGCCCUACGAACAGUGGAAGGCGUUGAAUGAAAUCGAUGCUGGUGCGUGUGAAGAGAUGACUUACGAUGAAAUCAAAGAGAAGUACCCGGAAGAAUUUGCUUUGCGGGACCAGGACAAAUACUAUUACCGCUACCCAUCUGGCGAGUCCUACCAAGAUCUGGUGCAGCGCCUAGAACCCGUGAUCAUGGAGCUGGAGAGGCAGGAGAAUGUCCUUGUCAUCUGUCACCAGGCCGUGAUGAGAUGUCUAUUGGCCUACUUCCUCGACAAGAGCGCAGAGGAAAUGCCUUACUUGAAAUGUCCCCUCCACACAGUGCUGAAGCUGACUCCUGUGGCCUAUGGUUGCAGAGUUGAAUCCAUCUGUUUGAACGUCGAAGCUGUGAACACCCACCGGGACAGACCAGAGGAUGCAAGGAAGGGAUCUAGCACCCUCCUGAGGCGCAAUAGCGUCACCCCUCUAGCGAGCCCAGAGCCCACCAAAAAGCCUCGCAUCAACAGCUUUGAGGAGCAUGUGGCUGAUGCUGCUUCUGCUGCCCUGCCCACCUGUAUGCCCCAGGAGGUGCCCACCCAGGUGCCUGGACAAGUUGGUUACCUUCUUUUGUCGGUGUCUUUCCUUUCCUGGGGAAGGCCUGCCUAACCUGAACAGCUCCCUCGCGCAAUCUUGAAUUUCUCCCUGUGAUGUUUGGGGAAAGGGAAAAAGCACAGAUGGAAGGAAGUUGAGCUCCGUCGCGUUGCCUGGCUCCGAAGCUUGCAUCUGCCGUGUGUCUCCGUUCAACUCCAGGCCAACCCUUGUUGACUGUCUCCAUCACUGAUCAUCUGCCUGCCUCUCGGACUCAACAAAAUACUGGGUUUUGGGGGGCUGCCGGGGGGGAAUACACACAGAGAGAACAUCUCCUUAGAAUGAUAAAAAUGAUGGAUCCGACACUUGAUCUUUAAACUGUUUCCCCCCCCCCCCAUUACUGUUGCUCCCAUCACUUCCUCAGAUUCUGGUAGACUACAUGGCAGGUCCUAAAUUACUCCUUUGCAAGGCCGUGUGUUCCAGGUUGUUUUUGUUGUUGUUGCUAUUAUUAUUUCUGAUAUGACACAGUUGCCUUGGAGUGAAGAGACGGACACUGUGCUGCUCUCAGCCUAUGUAAAUAAAUGGGUGGCGCCGAUUGUUGCUGGCGUGUGUGUGUACGGAGGGCUGUAGCUAGGAAUGGGAGGCAUAAAAGGACCUCUCCCUUGUUUUGGGGGGGGGGACCUACUUGUCUGUUUUUAGCGUUGCCAGUUUGGAUCUCUUCAUCUCUUCCUACCCCCUACAAGCAGGAAAUCGGUGGGGGUCACCUGCAGAAUCCAUGGCUGUGUUUGUGUGUGGGAUUCUGCUGGGGUUUUCUAACAGCUACCAAAAAACACAAAACUCUCCCACUUCUUUUCCCUGGCUGUGUUAAAAGGGCAUGCAAGGACUCCCCCAUGGCACAGCUAUCCUUUUUCAUCGGCCUGAGGGACCUGCAUUAGCUGGUGUUGAAACCGCUUGCGGAGACCACAGCAGCCAGUUCAAGCUGGGAUGGGUGUGAGAAGUAAGAUACAACAGGUGUGGUUUGAAACUUGUCUAUGUACUGCACACAGAAGGGUUGAGUGUCAGUUCUGAAGAGCGUAUGCACGCAUUGUACUCUGCAAGUUACUUCCCCAAAUCCUUUGCUUCCUUCAAAUGCUUCACCCAUGCGGGACUUUUUAAAAAAAACCCAGCUUAACGUACGUCAUGGAUAAGGCAGUACAGGGUUAGCCCUGCAGAUGUUGUUGGCCGUGCUUGCUAGGGCUGAUGGGAGUUGGAGUCCCACAACAUCUGAAGGGCACCGGGCUGGCUACCCUUGGAGUAGCAGGCAAGGCUUCCAGAGACCGAGUGAAGUGACUCCAGGAAUAUGGCAACUACUGGGUGGAUGGGUCAGCUUCAGAAAGGUGCAUAGCAAUGCCUUGAGCGCCUGCCUUGGCAUACAACAAGCGCUUUUCUGUGCGUGUGGUGGUGGUUGAAGAUUAAGGCUGUGCCAAAGUGAAUUGCUUUUGGCUGUGUCUGACCGCUGGAAAGAAGUAGACCUACUGAAAUGAAUAGACCUGGCUAACUGGGGUCUGCUCAUCAGGUCUGCUCUGAGUAGGACUUCCAUUGGAUGCAACCCAUUUUCUCUCUGAGUUUGGAGUGCAUGUAUUGAGAUUCGUCCCUGCCCCUUCAGUCAAGGAUUUUCUCUCCUUUAUUUUUUUUUUUGAGAGGAACAGCGACUUUAUUUUGUACACAGCACAGCAAGCGCGUACCCUCCCGCCUCCUGACCCAGCUAGAUAAACAAGGUGUGGUUUGCAUUUGCCUACAUCUUGUACCCUGUGAUAAAAUACCUACUACACAAACUCGCCUUUUGCUUGGUUUUAUAUAGAAUGAAUUGAACAAAUAUUAAUAGGGUUCCCUGGAACAAAAACAAUCAUUUUUGCUUCAAGCAAUUUGAAUAAAAGAAGGAAUAUGUGGACUAGGGGUGGGUUGGUGUGCUUGUUUGUACGUGUGCGUGUGUGUGUGGUUCGUUGAUUGUAGUAAUCUCUCACUGGAAGGAAGAGCAGGUCAUAGUCGUGAUAGCUACAGCCUGAGCAGGAAAGGCAAUUUAAAACCACACCAACAAUCUCAUUCUCAGAUUGUGUUUUUUCCUUUGAUACUUGAAUUUAUAUUUUUUAUCAUUUUUUGUAAUAGCGAAGUGCUAUUUAUUUAUUUAACUGAAGUCGCAGAGCUGAGAGGAGUUCCUCCUCUCCCCCCCCCCCCCCGGACUUGUGUGAUGCUAAUUCUGUAUAUAUGUACGUAUUUGGAAUACUUGGGGUUGGGUUUUUGUUUUCGGCCUGAGAUGGAACCGUUUCAGCUUGUAAAAAAAGGUCUGCCUUUUGGAAAUUUGUACAUUUUGCAGCUGCUGGACCAAUUAAAAAUCUUCUUGAAAUAGAA